AUGUUUCUCAUCUCUAAAGAAAAUACAAUCAAAUUUCUUCAUAGAGCUCCUCUAAAGCAUAAAUGUUUUACAAUUUAUUAUCAAAAUUUUAUCUAUUUUAUUGGGAAUAAUUAUGUUGAAAGGCUAAAUUUAACUAUGCUUUUAUGCUAAAUUUUAGUAUUUUUGUUUUAAAAAAAAAUUUAAUUGCUUCGAAAUUACAAUUGGAUACUUAUAAAUGGGAAAUACUAAUAAUAAGCCUUUGAAAUAGUGUUCAAGUUGUUGGGGCUUCAUUGAGUAAUAUGAUUUUGAUUUCAGGCUACUCUUUAACUGGUAUUUAUGCAUUAGAUUUGCUUACUUUAUCUACUUCUCGAUGCUUUAUCAGGUUUGAUGACUGUAGGAUGAGAACGCUUUGCACUGUAAAAGAUGUGGCUUAUUUAAUUGAUUUUUCUGGAAAGAUACUACGAAGUGGCAUAAAUAAUCCUUUUAGUUGAGAAAUCGUUGGGGAUUGAAGUCCUGAUAGCUUAAUAAUGUUUGAAUAUAGAGCAUUUUAUAAGGGAUGCUGAUAUUUUUUUGUUGCGAGUGAUCAGAUCUAUAAAUUUGAUUUUGAUAAAGGAAAAUAUGAAAUUAUGAAUUAUGGUUUAUAA